AUGUCUCAGUGGGACAAGAGCAAAACACUUCCCAAGGAGCUGCCACUGUGGCCUGGCCCAAAGCUCAACUUGUUUAAACAUCAUGAUUCGCCGAUUGAAUGGAUUGAGCGAUUAGGGGAGUAUGAUUGGAGACCUCCAUACGAAGGCUACGUGUUCCGAGCAAGAAUUAGAAACCGGGAGUAUGCGAUUAAGGUGUGCCAAAGCUUAGAUACUCAUGACUAUGCCAUUGCAUUUCAGUUCAGGUUCUUCGACCCGACUGCGAAUCCAGAGCACUAUAGGUUGAUACUAGCCGAUCCCACUCUGGAUAACAUUGCCCAUUACGAUGACCCAUUCUAUAACGAAUGUAGAGCUUACGGCCGGAUCAAUGAAUAUAUUAAGAAGAAAAAGUCGCCGUCGCUGUCCAAUAUUGCCGCCCCGUGUCAUGGCUUCUUCUUCCUCAGGCCCAGGGACACUCAUGAAUUGGAGAGGGACUAUCACCUUAACGUAGGUUACGGUGAAAUCAACGUGGAUUAUCAGGACAGCACCGUUGGGGGACUUAGGCCCAGGGCCAUUGUCAAGGACCUUGCGCCGGACCUAUAUGAAUAUUGGGAUGGGAAAAUGCUGAAUACAAUGCUCCGCGGAAUCCUACGCCUCAACCGGCAUGGCAUCCUCAACCGCGACAUAAAGGCGGAUAACUACGUAGGCACACAACUCGUGGAUUUUGGCAGGGCAGCGACAAUGCCGGAUCUCAUCUUCGACCAUCUCCCUAAUUGGCAAAAACCAAGCGAACUGCACGUGGAUCUGAUUAGAUUUCACGAGAUGGUCGAAAAUUUAUUUAAUGAUAAUUUCAUCACAGCCGAGGACGUGCGGGCAAUAAGGCACCCCAUGGCGCGCCGGUCAGACCCGGACACCUCCUCUGGGGACCUUUUGAAGCUUCUAGAGGACAAUCAGGACGACCAAGACGACGGAGGCAGCACAGAGGACUGA